AUGGCCAAGAUCUCUCUGGGGACUCCUACUCCUCUGCACUGGGUCCUCCUAGCACCUCUGCAGUUGAGAACUCCUUCCUCUUACGCCCUCUUUCCACUCAGUACCACCCAACGCUCGCCUCCUGGGAACGCCGGCAGACACACACCUACAAACGAACAGGCAGGACCAAGUCCGCUGACUACAAUUCCCAGCAGUCCUAGCGGGAGCAGAGUCACGCAUGCGCGGUCCAGGCCCGAGUCGUCUCACCGCAGGGAUUUCGGGAGGCGGAGUACUGCGGCAGAGACUGGCUGGUGCCCGCAGCGCGGGUCCUGUGAACCUGGUGUCACUAUGGCCCAGGCCUUUGCAGAGGUGCUGCGGCUACCUAGGAAGCAGCUCACGAAGCUGGUGUUCCCAUUGCAGGAGCUCGAGCGGCACCUCGUCCCAGACACGAGGCCCAGCCUUCGCCUGAGGAUCUUUGACCCGCGCCUAGAGGACGUAGCAAAAGCGGACGCGUUCUUCACGGCCACCGAGCGCCACCGCAUCGAGUACCUGAGCUCUGCAGUCCGCCUGGACCACGCCCCGGACCUCCUCCGCCCGGAGGUGUGUUUUAUAGGCAGAAGCAAUGUUGGAAAAUCCUCUCUGAUAAAGGCUUUAUUUUCAUUGUCCCCAGAGGUUGAAGUCAGAGUCUCAAAAAAACCGGGACACACAAAAAAAAUGAAUUUUUUCAAAGUUGGAAAAUACUUUACAGUGGUGGAUAUGCCGGGUUACGGCUACAGAGCACCUGAAGAUUUUGUUGACAUGGUAGAGACCUAUCUGAAAGAACGGAGGAACUUGGUGAGAACAUUUUUGUUAGUGGAUAGUGUUGUUGGAAUUCAAAAAGCAGACAAUACUGCCAUAGAAAUGUGUGAAGAAUUUUCAUUACCUUAUGUGAUAGUAUUAACAAAAAUUGACAAGUCUUCCAAGGGCUACCUUUUGAAACAAGUACUUCAGAUUCAGAAGUUUGUUGACACUCAAACUCAGGGAUGCUUUCCUCAGUUGUUUCCUGUAAGUGCUGUAACCUAUUCUGGAAUCCAUCUGCUGAGAUGCUUUAUAGCAAAUAUAACAGGAAAUCUUAAGACUGAUGACACCUAACAUAGCUGAAGAU